UGAUAAAUUUUUAUAAAAAAUUAUUUAAUUUUCAUUUUGAUUUAGUUGUAAUAGUAAUUUUUUUAUAUUAUACCUUAUUGGCUUUCCCCUACGACGACGAUCUAAGUCCUAAAUAAGGCUGUCUUUGUUUUUUAGAACUUUUAAUUUACUUCACCUACCUUACACUUAUUAUUUAUUAGAAAUCAGUCAUUAAUGCCGAGCUUCCUUGAAGUCGCAAGUUUUUAAAAUUCAUCAUUAAUGAAUAGAAUUAAUAAACAUUUAAAAUUGUCACAUUUAAUGGCAUUGAAACAUUGUUUAUUUAGCACUUAUAAAUUAUGUCGUUCGUGUCAUACAAAAGUCAAUUGGCAUGAUAGAAUAUUUUCGGGUAUUCAACCGACAGGCACGUUGCAUUUGGGUAACUAUUUUGGCGCUGUGUCCAAAUGGGUGCAGCUGCAGAAUGAAAACAGAGAUGUUAUAUUUAGUAUCGUCGACUUGCAUUCAAUCACCUUACCCUAUGACGCUAAAAAACUGGAAAAAAAUGUAUUGCUUAUGACGGCCAGUUUAAUCGCAUGUGGUAUUGACCCCAACAAAAGUGUUCUCUUUUUGCAGUCUCGGGUACCUGAACAUACACUUUUAAGUUGGGUCCUGGGAUGUUUGACUACUAUGCCUAGAUUAGGCCAGUUGCCUCAGUUUAAAGAUAAGUCGUCAACAUUAAAAGAUGUACCACUUGGUCUAUAUUUGUAUCCCAUUUUACAAGCUGCAGAUAUAUUAUUAUACAAGGCUACUAAAGUACCUGUUGGGGAAGAUCAGGUACAACAUUUGCAAUUAGCUCAUUUUUUAGCUCGUACGUUCAACAAACGUUAUGGCGUUACUUUUCCUGUACCGGAAAUUAUUUUACAAAAGGACAUUUCUUCAAGAAUACGAAAUUUACGCGAUCCUACCAAAAAAAUGUCAAAAUCCCAUCCUGACCCACGAAGUCGAAUUGAAAUCACUGAUGCGCCUGAUGUAAUUAGGGAGAAAAUAAAAAAAGCUGUUACCGAUUGUACUUCAGAAGUCACUUUCGAUCCAGUCAAUCGACCAGGAGUUUCAGCACUAAUAGCUAUGCAUUCCCUUGUCACUGAAUCUUUGCCUGAAGAAAUAUGUGAGGAGAAUACGUUGUUGGAUACCGGACGGUACAAACAAGUAGUAACUGAAAUAUUGGUGGAAAAGUUUUCACCUAUUCAGAACGAAAUAGUUAAAUUGAUGGAUUCCCCCGACUAUUUAUGUAAUGUGCUUCAAGACGGACAACAGAGGGCUAGUUUAAUCGCCGAAGAGACAUGGUACGAAGUAGCAUCCAAAAUAGGCACUCUACCUAGAAGUUCAAACGAAAGUUUAAAUUUAUUUAAUAACAAAAAUGUUGAUAGAUAGUACACAAUUUUUUGAAUUUUUAUUAGUUUUAAAAAUACAAUACUCCGAAAUUAGUUGUUUUAGAACGCUACAACUAUAUAUUCAUAAAUAUAAUAUGAUUGUUAUAUUAUUGUAACAUCUGAUAUAGGAACCGAAAUCCAACUAUAUAAAUUCACUUAGUAUUUAAAUUUUAAUGUU